UGGAGGUUUCUACUACUGGGAAUACCCAACGCGCGCCAUUCACAAGACCAAGGACGGGGGGUCCUGGAUCCUCCUUUCUUUCCUAUUAAGGCUGUACUAGCUAAAGCAUCUUAUACUUAUUGAGGGCAUCUUCCCUGAAAGAACUACGUAUGUUGGGGGAGUAAGUAUCUUCCUGCAUCUUAUUGAGGGCAUCCCUGAAAGAACUACGUAUGGGGGAGUAAGUAUCUUCCCAGUGCGAUACUCUGGCAUACUUUUCAAGGAUGCAGCUGAAAGAUGAACUACGGAGAGCGCUAAUCCUACGGAAAGAACAAGAGCAACCAGUACUACGAUGCAGAGCUGCCAUCCUUUCAACGUCCGGGGACAGCUC